AUGUCGAGCUCUCUCAGUAAUCUCUACCUCUUACUCAUUUUGAUCAUCCCAGUCAUUGGUGUGCACGCAGGUCCUGAGAGGUACUCAGUGUACCCAGCUCAAAGCACAUUAAUGUUCAAAAGACAAGUCAGGGAUGGUAAUGGUAAGCUCAUUGAUCUGAACAAAGAGCCAACUCCCGAGCCUGACUCAGGAGAUAUGUUAGAAGGAGGCCAAUUAGCAUCGAUGGAGCUAGCACGGAAGAUGAGACCAUCACACAGAGCCAAUUAUAAAAGAGUGUACCGCAAGGGUGCCGGACCACCUCCUGGCCUUUCUGAAGAUGAGAAACGCUUAUUUCGAAACAAAGUCAAGCGGGAACAACAACGCGAAAGAAGGAAGUUCAUGAGAACCAGCCCAAAUGAGCCCUAUGCUGUUGCCCUUAUCGAAAACCAUAAGAAAGCACAAAAGAAACAAAUUCUUCAGCGUGCAACGUUAUUGCAACGAGUCAAUAUGGGACUAGGUACUCCAGAGGAAAAAGCAAAAGUUAUACGUAAACGAGCAAGAGACCGUUUGUAUAAUUAUCGCCGCCGGUAUCCAGGCAUGGACUUGUCGAAAUUAGCAGAAUUUGAACGGAGCAUCAAACCAGAAUAG